AAGCGUUCCACCGUGUACACCUGUUGUGAUGAACGUUAGCGCGAAGGAGCAGUCUCAACAGCACAACCCUAAAGCCGGGUACCCCGUGAGGACGUUGUCAUCGCCUCCUCCCUUCCCGACGUCCUGGUGAAAUGUAUCGUGCAGAAUACGUGAAUCCUUUUCGGACGAGGAAAUCAAAGAUUACCCCCAAACUUGAGGCUUCGAAAUUCAGUCGCAGGUCGAGGUUUUCAUUAUCUAGUCCUUGGUCAAGUCCCAAACCUGCGGGUUUGUCGCCUGACUUAGCACCUUCCGCGACAUCGUCAACUUCCAUUCUUCCGAACUCGCCGUCUGCACUUCGUAGGACAUUCACGAGCCACUUCACUCCCUUGUUCAAGUCCCCUGCUAUCAGUUCUCCUUCGAGCUUAGAGUGUCCGUCUCCUAUACCCUCACCGCAGUUACAGGUGAACGUGCCGAAGUUGAUAGGCAAGCAUUCCUUGCGGUCUGUUCCUCGCACGCAACCAUAUGGUCCUCCUUGGAAUGCUGUGAUGCCAGGGCAGUGUCAUGAUCUGGUGAAUAGCAGCCUGGAUGACGUUCUUAUCAAGAGACCAGGUCGCAGGUACAAAGGGGCUGAGGGUCGUCAGGGGUUCAAGUCGCACUCUCGCACCCUUGCGCCGCUAGACGCAUCCGAGAGCGAAUAUCCACCUGACAACCUUGUGGACGAGCUAGCUCAGCGUUUAUCGGAAUUGACAGCGCUCUCAGGACGCCAUUCCAAGUGCUACUGCCGAAGUAGCUCAAAGAACACCUCUGAAGGCUUUGGCUUCCGUCGGUGAGCCUGUGGGACGUGGGUCCUGCUGCCUUGUGGACAAUAGUAGGCCUCGAACAAGCUGUUGGGGUCCCAUCGGAUAAAUAUAGCUAACUUCUCCUG